AUGCCGAAUACUCCACUGAUUUCCGCAAAGCGUACUCAACGUUUACUUGCACAUGAAAAGCAAGCACGAGCCAAGCAUAGAAACCUUACCAACCUCGCAAAGUUUGAGCUUUACAAAGAAAAGUUUCCCCCGAACGGCGGAAAUUCACCAACGAAUGCCUCUCUUGCUAUUGCCUAUGGUGUUGAUAGCAAAACAGUUACAAAUAUUAUUGCUAAAGGGCAUGAUUACUGGGCAAAUAUGACAAGUGCAGAGCUUACUCGCCGGAGGGUAAGCAGUGUCAAGCUACCACGGAUUGAGUCCAUGCUUGUCUUAUGGGUUCAACAGUGUGAAGGUAGAGGUAUGUGAGCAGAUUUCUUUUUUUUUCUAAAAAUGAGUUAGUUUAAAAACUAAGCAAUGUAAUAGGAAUCAUUCUCACUGAAGAAGCCAUUCGAGUAAAAGCGACUCGAUUUUGUGAACUCGAAAAUAUUCCGGAGGCCAAUCGACCAAAGUGGAGCCAUGGGUGGCUUGCAAAGUUCAAAAUGCGAAGUGGACUUCGUAGAUACCGCUUCUAUGGAGAGGCUAGUUCUGUCAACCUUAGCGACUAUACAGAGCGUAUCGAUCAGAUCAAUGAGGCCUGUGAUGACUACGCAGAUGAAGACCGGUACAAUUUCGAUGAAACUGGUCUCUUUUAUCGAAUGCCACCUUUUGUAGGUCUUGCUCUUAGGCAGACAAGUGGACGAAAAGGAGAAAAAACACGCUUAACAUAUGGCUUUUGUGUUAAUGGAACCGGAACCGACCAGCGUGAAGCACUAGUUCUUGGACAUGCUCGUCGACCUCGAUGCUUUGGGAAAAGAAGUGUACAUAGCUUAGGCUAUGACUAUUACUUCAAUAAAAAAGCAUGGAUGACAAGGACGAUUUGGUUGGAGUGGCUAAAAAGAUUUGAUGAGGAUAUGGAAAGACAAAACCGUCAAGUAAUCCUUUUAAUUGACAAUUGCUCUGCUCAUAUCGAACCAAUCCACUAUUCUCUUAAGGCUAUCCGUCUUGAAUUCCUUCCUCCCAAUACAACCUCUCAGUUGCAGCCCCUCGAUGCAGGUAUAAUUCGAACUUUUAAAGCUUAUUACCGACAAGCCUUCCUCCAACUUGCAAUUUUACGUGAUGAGGAAAACAUGCAAAAUCCUUUCAAAAUCUCACAGUUAGAAGCAAUGGAGCUUGGAAAAGAAGCCUGGUCUAAGGUUACAGCUACAACAAUUUCAAACUGUUGGAAGCAUGUUGGGCUUACUGGUAAAUUUGGACCCGGAUUACCAGUUGAACGGCCCAGCGAUCCUAUCCCAACCUUUGGUCCUGCUGCAGAGCUAUAUCGAGCUCAAGCUGAGCAAAGAAACCAAAACCCUGACCUGUUUCUUCUCUCCCAUUCCGCAUAUCAUGAGGUCAGUUUAUUUUUUCUCUUUACUCUCUUUAAAUUAUACGACAUAGAAGAUCAAGUUACUAUCUAUAUCUACUGUAUUUAGGUCGCUGAGUUAGCCGUCUUAAUUGAGAAAGACUUUCGAAGGCUUCGCAUCCACGAUCCUAUGGCCAUCGAAGUGUUUCUUAACCCAGGAACUGAGGUCACAGUUACUGAAGAGCUUACGGAUGAAGAAAUCAUUGGAAUGAUUAAUCAUACUGAAGAGGAGGAAAAAGAGAUUGGUGGAACUGCUAGUGGUGAGGUCACUAGCAUUAUGGUAGAGCAGCCUGAGAGUGCUAUACUUCUUUCAACUACAGAGGCCUUGAGUGCUACCCGUAGCUUGAUUACCAAGCUAUUGGUUGAUCCGGACAUUUCAAAAGUCGGACUUACUGCCCUUAGAUCUCUUAGAGAGUUAGAGAAGGUUUGGCGGAUUCAGAAACUUCAAGAGUCAACAGUGCAGCAAAGUAUUUUAUCGUACUUUACCUCAGCUGAAAAUUUGUCCUAGUUAGAUUCAUAGAGAGUGAAGCAGAGUGGUGGAAACUUGAAGGCAAGUAG